AAUUCUUCUUAGAGUAUGGUGUUAUGUAUGCAAUGGUAUUAUAACACAUUGUACUUCUAUAAAAUUUUAUUUUUAUGUACAAUUUGCUUUUGUAGAAAACAUCAAAUAAAACUUCUAUAUUAAAAAAAGAUUUAUUUAUUUACUAAACUUGUAUAAACAAAAAGAGAAGCCUAAUAUGAAAUUUAAUAAUAAAUAUCAACCACUCAUUUUGCGUAAAACAACAUUUAAUGCAAGUGGCAACAAUGCUAGUGGUAUUGCGUAUCAGUUAGAAGAGAGCUCAAAAGAUUAUUUAGUAGUUUUAGAAUCAAAAAGCCAGCAAAAAAUGUUUGAAGAUAUUGAAACAGAAGAAUUUAUAGUCCAAAAGUCUGAAGCAAUAGAUGCAGAAGAUUCUUUUUUAAACGCAUAUAACAUUCAUGUUCCAGUGUGGUUGUUUUUAAAAAAUAAAUCUAUUGCGGAAUACUGUAUCGAGUUGUUAAAUAGCCGAGAAAAAAUUUCACGUAAGUUUAACAUAGAAAAAGAUAAAAUAACUCUUGAUAGUUCAUUGAAUAGUAAAUAUAAAUCACUGGGCGAAAUUUUAUCAAGUUUUGACUCAUUUUUAAGAAAAGGUGAAUCUUGGAAUUGGAUAACUGGAACCAGAAACUUAAGUUCAUUAGGAUUAAACGCAUUUUCGUUUUAUGUUGAAAAAAUAAUAGAGAUUAUACAAAUUCAAGACAAAGAGCGCUUUAUUAAAGAUUCAAAAAAGUUUUUACAAAUUUACACAUCUCGUUCAGAAAAUACCGUUGUUUUAAAUCAUAAUGGUUACUGGGGAAGUCUUCAACAGUUAUUAUCUGGAAAAGUAAUUGCAGAUUUUGUUGCUGAAGAUUAUGGUACUCUAAAUCCGGUGUUUGGCGUGCUUUUAAACCCAACAACAGGACGGGUCGGCCCUGGUGACACUGGUUUAAUGCAUAAUUUUUUAUUUGACUACAAUGGACCUUGGGCAAGUCAUGCCGCCGUUCACGAUGCAUUCGGAUAUUUAAAAACGUUUCACAAUAUUGGACCAGGCUACAAUUAUUUAGGGGGAUUUUCAGCUUAUGAGACCGAAAAAUGUAUGGCAGGGCAAAUGUCAGGGUUGUUGUUUUGGAAUAAUAUUAUUAGUCAAAAAGAAUCAAACUAAAGUCAAAAAAAUAUACUCUAAAUAAAAAUAUUUUACUCAU